AUGACGGGCGACAAGCGCCUGCGGUUCCCCUCCAGCCGACUCCGCCUAAGCAACGGGGCCGUGAUUGACGAGCUCUUAGCUGAGGGAAAGAGAAUUCACGGAUUCUGGGGUACCGCUCCGACGGGAAAACCUCAUAUCGGAUACCUUGUACCACUCAUCAAGAUCGCUGAGAUGGUCGCCGCGGGGAUCGAUUUUAGUAUUUAUUUCGCCGACGAAUAUGCAUACCUCAUUAACUAUAAACAUCCCCGGGAGCUGGUGGAUUAUCGUACCCAAUACUACGAAUUCCUUGUCCGUGCCACCGUAGAAGCGCUGGGGAUCCCGCAGAUGGAAGACCACUUUGUCCGGGAGUCCGUCCUAUUCGCCGCGGUGAAGCAGUCUAGCCAUGAUCUGAACCGGCUAUACACCUUGUUGUCCAUCGACGAUGUGCGUGCCGUCUCCAAUGAGAUGGCGACAACCACCAUGACAAGCUCGCUUCUGUGUCCUGCACGCCAGUCCGGUGUCUUCGCCCUAGCUGAAAGGAUUCUCCCACACCUCGGAUACACAAGUCGAGCCCACCUCACGACUGAGAUGAUCCCCGGGUUAACCACGGCAAAGAUGUCCUCGUCCCAUGCGGCCGGCACUAAAAUUGAACUUCUCGAUCCACCAGAUGUCGUUUGUAGCAAGAUAGGUGAGGCAACAUGUAUACCGGGAGUUGUGGAAGGGAAUGCUUUGUUAGCGAUGGCAAGACACAUUCUAUUGCCCCUUUGCAGACUUCGUAUGGCCCUGGAAGGUGGGUCACACCCCUUUACUGUGCCCAGCGCCACCGGCGAAGAUAGAACCUACUUUAAUUACGAGGACCUGGAACACGACUUCUUGGCCCACUCUGUGACACCGGCCGAGUUGAAGGCAUCGGUGGCAGCAGGCUUGAAUCUUCUGUUAGACCCUGUUCGCAACAACUUUGACUCAAACGAGGACUGGCAGAAAGUGGCAGUAUUGGCGUAUCCGGAAUGA